AACAACUCGUACACAUUGGUUAACGCGACAUUUUUCCUCGUUACAUCUAAAAUACAGCAAAUAUAUAUAUAUAUUUAUACAUUUGUGCUGCUUAGGAGAAACGUUCCUUUGCGUGUUUAGUUUCAUAAAAAAUAUUUUAAACACGCGAAGCAGAGUUAAAUUAAAAGCAAACUUGGAAUCUCAUGGAAAUAAUCAAUUGGAGAAGAAAUGUGCCGUUCAGCGCCUUAGGCCCAGUCACCCGCUUUGAAACAAGCAAGCGUCUCUAUUCUCCUGCACCCGUUUGGUGUCGCCCUCUGUUGGCCAGGGAGAAUGUCUUUUUUACGACAUCAACACAUGAUGAACGUUUUACACCACCAAAACCAAAUGCCGUCACGCGGUGUCAGCAUGAAGAUCGCCGUGUUGGGAGCCACCGGGCAGACGGGCCAGAUUGUGGUGAGGCAAGCGCUCCAGCAGGGCCAUGCCGUCACCGCCGUCGUGCGGAACCUGGACAAGCUCACCGUGCGUCAUGACAACCUCAAGGUAGUGGAGGCUGACAUUUUCUCAGCGGACAGCCUCAAGUCUCAUUUUGAGGGCUCAGACGUGGUGGUCUCCUGCUUGGGCUUCUCGACCUCCUUCUUCUCCAACGUGACGGGCUACACCGAGUCCAUGAGCGCUGUGAUCACAGCCAUGCGGGAGGCACGCGUCAACAGCAUCAUCACCAUGACGUCUUGGUACACAGACCCUAACUCUGGCACUCAGUCACCGUACCUGAUCCGUUUCCUGUUGCUGCCCCUGAUCCGCAGUGUGCUCAGCAACAUGUGGGAGAUGGAGCAAUACCUCCGGCAGGUAGAUGACGUCAACUGGACCGUGGUGCGCCCGCCCGGUCUCAAGAACUUGCCUUCCUCAGCCUUGGAGAUCUUGACACACGAGGGCUACUUUGUGCCCGAUAAGAGCGGGCGGCCAGUGGGAAGCGCCAUGGGACGCGGCGACGUGGCUCGCUUCAUGCUAUCGCUUCUCACCAGCAACGCUUGGGUGAAGAAGGGAGUGGCCAUCAUCACCAAAUGAGAAACAACCUCUAACUCGACCUUGUUGUUUAUUUUGGCCAUCAUGUAUGAAAUACCACUCCAGUUGAAUGAAAUAUUACGCAAAAAUCUGCUUACAUGCAAUAAUCGUUUUAGUCACAAGGUGGCAGCAUAGAAAAUAUCCCGCUCAUACCAAAUCAAUAGCACAUUUAUUUUUGCCUUGAUGUUUAAUGGAAAAUGUGCCUUUAAUUUCUUUUUUUGUACACUACUCACAAAAACCUUUUGAUUGAGAGGUAACUUAAAUGUUAGCCUAAGUAGUUUUCACAAAACAAGAACAAUUUGUUAGCAAGCAAAUUGGUACUUUUUUCCCCCCCCAUUGAUAGUCACCUAAGUUAACCCUUGAGGUAAUCAAAGGCUCUUAUCAUUCACCUCCUGACGAAGGAGAUCUGCCAAUAUGGUUACAUUCUAGCAUGUGUAUCUAUGGAUCUAAGCGUGACAACGCGCUGUCUCGACAACGGGGUCAUCGAUAGUACACGCUGUGGCUUGACAGAAAGAUGCCCAGAUAUCCCGUUUCAGUAAUUGGAAAGAAAAAAACCUGAAAGACGACAAUUAGUCCAGCCACGCCAUCUGAUAUGUUAAACGCAAAAAAGAAUGCUGAUGCUGCAACCAUAUGCACCACGCCUCGGUGACCUCGGGCGUUAUUUUCGAAUAGUUACACGCAUCCGACGAAGAUGAACCCGAGAAGGAAUUCAAACAAAGUACAUCUCAUAAAGCAUCUUUAACCCUAGGAGAAAAGUGAAAAAAUGGGACUCUGCCAUUAAAUUCUGGUCAUCAAAUACAUUUUUGGAAUAUUACGACUUAGAUUUGUAAAAUUGUCAUUACCCAACAAAAAAAAAAAAAUACACCAUACUUCAAAUAUUGUAAUUUUAUUCUUACCAUAAAUUGACAAUAGACAUCUUUUAAUGAUGUCUCAAUUCAUCAGCCAAUCCUGUUUAAUGACGAAACAAUUGCAAUACAAAAUUAAUGAUAUUGCACUUAAGUGUUAGGUACUCACGUGGGGAUCAAUAUGGCAAGCUUUGGCCAUGACUGGGAUCUUUUAUUUACAAGGUAAAGGUGCAUUAAAGUAUAAAUAUCAUCCA